AUGAGCGAUGAUGCGAUGAUGGCUGCGGUUGCUGUCAUAUCGCCUAUUGAAACGCUACCUACAGAGAUCAUUCAGCACAUUGCCGAGCUUUGCACGUGGGACUCGGCUGCUCCGGUUGACGGUCGCCCUUCAGAGCAGGAUACAUGGCGCUAUCGUCUGAGCAAUGGUGAAUGGUGCCCGGAGACAUAUGCGCGACAUCAUGCAUAUCUGGCUCGGGCUAGCUCUCAUCUCUACGAUGUUCUUAACAAGGGAUUGUACACUCGGAAUCUGGUUCGCGACCCUGGACGUCUUUCUUGUAUCCGCUGGGCGGUGAGAAACAACCGACUCGAGACGCUCCAGCGAGCCCAUCAAUAUGGCGGAGAUGUGUCCUUGUAUGGGCACGAUCCUAUCCCCGAUAUGAGACAUGACGCUGAUGGGGUUUAUCGCCACUUCGUCGUGGUCAACAAUGUCUACGUCCCAUAUCAAUACCUGGAGGGAUUGGGGACACCUCUUGUUCAUGCUAUCCGCAAUGGAUUCAGCGAUAUUUUUGCGUUCCUCUUACAGUCCGGAGCGGAUGUCAACAUACCAUGCGAAUCUGAGGGGGAUUAUCUUCUCAAAGAAGUACUCCAACGUCCUGGAUUGGAUAUUAAUGCACGAGACUGGUACAUGAAAUGUGCUCUCUGCCUCGCUGUAGAAUCCGCCGAAGAUGAUUUGGAUGUCAUCAAUUUGCUUCUGCAGCACCCAGGCAUCCGCUGCUCAUUGCCUGACGAGGACACUUUUAUAACACCCUUCCAUAUAGCAGCCAAAAGGGGACGGUUAGACAUUGUUCAACUUCUCAUGCCAAUGCCUGGGGCUGAGGAUGUAUGUCGCGGGCCUAACGCCCAGAGCUUUUUACACGUGGCUGCACGGCAAUCUAAUAAGGAGGUAUUUGAUUUCUUCCUCAGCCAACCUGGUGUAGAUGUCCCCGAGCAACGCCUCGGAUGGGGUUCCCUCCUACACACAGCCUGUAAGGGUGAGGACGACGACAAAUCCAGGGAUUUUGUUCAGCACAUGAUCGACAAUGGCAUUCCUCUUGAGACAACGCACCUAACCCUGAACUCUACAAUUUAUCACGGCAACAUCCGGACAGCCAUAAAAAUUCUUCCCUAUGUACCGGACGCUCACAUGACUCUUCCUUACCAACCUGCCUUUCCUCGCCGGUUCCUUGGGCCGACCACACCGCUUCAUUAUGCUCUCAUGGAACCGCACCCAGACCAGACAUCACUGGUGAAAGAGCUCAUCGCGCGGGGAGUGGAUGUCAAUGCGUUCACCUCUACUGACACUCAGAGAAGGCGACUUCUGGGGUGUGGAGGCACCCCUUUGUUUUUUGCCGCUGCCUUCGCCCGAAACAUUGACUGCAUCAGGCAUCUCAUUGAAGCAGGAGCCGACCUCAAUGUUAUUGUCAACGGUCAAUCGCCCAUAGUUGAGGACUUUUCGGUAGAGCCUGGGGAAAAGCCUUCCAUGUCAUUGCUGGCCGGUGUGUUGACAUAUAUAUGGCGUGAUCGAGAAGGCGUUGUUGAAUGCCGUAUUAAACAUCCAACAAGGAGAGAGGUGCCCUUAGAGGAGAACUUGUCGGGGUUAAGAGACCGACUCCAGCUCCUCCUCAAACAUGGCGCACAAUUGGGCAGGGUGGGCAACUCUCCGUCUGCAUUGAAGCUCAUCUGUCUGGAGGCAGAGCAAAGCUCAUCUUCAACAUUUCUACAGUGGAUUAUAUGUAACGCAACCCCAAGGAACGUGGAUAGGAAACAUAUGGAUGAUCUUGUCCGAGAAUUUCAGUUGCGCGACCAGAAUCCAAUAAUAAGAGAUAUCCUGGAGACUCUGAUAAGCUUUAGAAAUAUAUGA